GGGACAGAAUGUCUGGGCUACGGCAAGCUGUUUGUAUGGAACCGUGGAGUUGCAAGUCGUGGGAAGAUGAUGGGGAAAGGGUAUGAGGAGAAGAUGGAGCAGAGUCCUACUGGUGUUGCUGCUGCGACAGAAGGGGCAGCCAAGACUCAAGAUGUACCGCCGACUUUGGUAUGGCAACACGAGGGUUCGUCACAACAACAACAAUCAUCGGACAAUGAUGUUGAAAUGGUGCCGGCCAGUUCGGUGCCGGACUUCUCCCAGAUGUCCGAACAGGAACAGAAUCAGACCAUGGCGAUGACUACUGUACAACCACAGAUGACGGAUCCUCUAGUCAAUGAUCUCGAUCGUAACUCGCGGUACUAUCUGUACCAUUUUGCGACACAGUUGUGCGAAGUCAUGGUUGUGUACGAUGAACCGGGGCAAAACCCUAUCCGCGAUCUCAUCCCCGCUACAUCUGCUUAUCCAUUGCUCCUGCAGAUCAUUGUCGCAAACUCAGCAUUCCACGUCUUCAACAUAACACGCAACCCGAUGGGUCAGUCGGCCUAUCAAGGCGAGCGAAGUCCAACGGUAAUGGCAUACUACCAAGCUGUAAGCCGGUUUGGGGGUCCGUUGAAGUCGUCCUAUAGGGACGCACUUGUGGCGAAGCAACAAGCGCUAUCCCUACUAGCAAAGAGUGUGACCUCCGUGAACACGUCAAACAUCGACCUCAUCUUGAUCACUAUUCUGCUUUUCGUUAACUAUGCUCUGGUGGAAUCAGGCAGAGACAAAUGGAAGGUACACAUGGACGGGGCGCUAAAGCUCAUCAAACUCCUAGGGGAACCGCCAUACCUCCAGCGACCGAUGAGCAGACUUCGGCAAACAAUUCUUUCUGACUUUCUUGUAUUCUACAUUCUUGGUUCAACCUUCACUUUUACGACACUCCCCGCGUUAAUCCCAGAGACUAUCGAGCUGGACCCUAUCCUUCGAUACGCAGAAACAAACAAUUACCUCUCCUGUCCCGGGCCGCUGUUACGCGUAAUGCUCGAGUCCUUCGCAUUGCCGGAUACACACGGCUCGCCUUCCGGAACAAGCACCCCCAUAUACCUCCAACAGCAGGUUGGCGUACUACUUCAACGCGCUCUCGACUUUGACCCUAUCGCAUGGUCCGUCGACUUUGAGCGCGCCUCACCUCUCGACGACAUCCAAAAGCGCAUCCGCAUAGCCUCGGCCCAUCGCUCGGCAGUCUGCAUCUAUCUCGCGCGCGUCCUGCCCUCUACAAAUCCUCUUCUUGAUCCAGCGAGUGGCGAAGCACUUGUUAGUCUCACUGCUCUCGCUGACGACGUUGUCCAGCAUAUCUCACACCUAAAGCCGGGCGAUGCGCUCUUCAAAUCGAUUUGUUGGCCGUUGUUCCUUGCGGGUGCUGAGAGCGAGGAUCCUAGUCAGCGUGAGUGGAUUAUGAAUACACUAGAUGAGUUCUUUGAAAACUUGCACAAGCCCUCUCUCUUCCAAGCUCUCGGUCGCGCCGUCAUAUCAAGAUCCGAAUCACACAACCUCAUGAUGCGCGCAUGCCUUUCUGCUGUAACAUUGCUUCGACUGGGUGCGCUUACGAUCUCUGCAACGCAAUCAGUCCACCCGCCUUCCUCAAGAAGAUUACCAGCAUCUUCUAGUGCAGAACCAUCGAGGCUGUCGCAACAGCUACUUGGCGGUCAAGUACCGUUGAUUGAUAAGAGCGACUACAGUAGAAACCAUGAUCCUAUACUCCGUACCGGACUGGCGCUCGAGACUCUGCAAAAUUGGUACAACACUAGCACUGGCCUUUGGGAGUCUACAGGAUGGUGGAACGGCGCGAACAUUAUGACUAUGAUCGGCGAUUUUGCGAAGGCAGCUCCGACACAUAUACCAUUGCAAGACCUGGCAAGAGACGUGUUCGUGACUGCUUUGCUGAAGGCGCCGGCCAAGAACCCGCAGCCGGGUAUUGAGGAUCCUCGAUCAACCAACACGACGCUUGUCGCCAUUGACGUAACUAGCCUUGAAACUGGGUACACAAAAUACCUCGACCUGAAUACCAGCAACCUUCAUGUCAUAUAUCCACCCAACUGGCAUGACAAUGGUGGGCAGGUCAUCUUUCCUAGGACAUCUUCCAAUUAUGGUUCCAACUCUUUUUACCACCCGGAUGAAAUCUCUGAUUAUCGCGACUGGUUAGAUGGCUACUACGACGACGACCUGUGGUGGGCUCUGGCCUGGAUCAACGCAUACGACGUCACCUUCGAAGCCGCUUAUCUUGUCCUUGCGGAAGAUGUAUUCAUCGCUGUGUCACGCACCUGGGGCACUUACUGCUUUAACGGCGGUAUAUACUGGAGCUGGAAGCAGGACUACGUAAAUGCCAUUGCCAACGAACUCUUCUUCAGCACAGCCGCGCAUCUGGCAAACCGCGCCCAGGACCGUAGGAAAAGAGCCACAUAUCUGGCUUGGGCGGAGGAAAGUCUACAAUGGUUCCUCGAAAGCGGGAUGAUCACAGAUGACGGUAUAAUCAACGACGGUCUAACCGAGGACUGUAAGAACAAUAACAAAACUGCGUGGUCCUACAACCAAGGCGUUAUCCUCGGGGGUCUCGCCGAGCUCCACCGAGCUGGGAAUAUACCAAAAGCUACACCUCUCAGACUCGCAACUCAUCUCGCGCGGGCGGCACUCAUCGCCCUCUCGGAUGAGGAUGGUAUCGUACACGACGAAUGUGAACCUGAUUGCGGUGACGAUGGCGCGCAGUUCAAAGGGAUUUUCAUGCGGAACCUGGUCAAGCUGCACAGUGUAGUGCCGGACAAAAUGUUCGCAAAUGCCAUUCGCAGGAAUGCGGAGUCUAUCUGGACACGGGAUAGGAAAGUCACAUCAGAUGGUUUACCUGUAUUUAGCGUGAAUUGGGCUGGGCCAUGGAUCAGCCCGGCGAAUGCAAGCACGCAGAGUUCGGCGAUGGAUGCUCUCGUAGCUGCUAUAGUCACCCGUUCGACUCCGCAGUAA